AUGUAUCGAUACUUCUUGAUCAUCAUAUCAUGCGGCCAUUGUGGUAGAGAGCGUAGUAGUGUAUCGAAUUGCGUCACUAACAUGCAUGCACUGUGUAUAUACGUUGAUACUGUCAGUCUCUAUGUUUCUAAUUCCAUGGGACUAGGAUCUAUCACUGUCUUCGAUGACGUUAUUGCGGUGGGUGGUGGUGGUGAUGGUGGAAAGGAAGAAGGAACUAAGGAUCAGGGCAUGUGUUCAAUUGGUGUAGUUGCUGCCCAAUGGCCCAAUGCGUACUUUUGGCAUGCCAUCUACAUCAUAGAGAGAAGACUGACAGGGACUAAGAGAGCUAGCGUCCGCGGGCUUGAGGAUCAGCGACGGCCUCAUCAAGAAUCCAAAACCACCGAUGCGCUUCGCCCCUCCGAUCUGCUGCUAUUCAUCGACUUUCAGCAGCCCCAGCAAUUAGGCCAGGCGCACGCGCUCACUGGAAUCAAGUUGUAG